AUGCCGACCUUGAAAGCCACACUGCUCCUCGUCCUUGCCGCCGUCACCGGCGCCGCCGCCGCCCCGGCAGGCGGCACGGGCAUUGUCUAUAGCUGCCGCCCAGGCGACUACCUCUGCAGCGGCUACCCGAACACAUCGAUCCGGGACCACGACGCCCUGAUGACCUGCAACGUCCAGGGCGAGUGGAUCCUAAGCGCUUAUUGCAACAUAGACUGCUGCCGCAACGAGACGAGGGAAGGCCGCGCGCCACCGUCAACCUCUCUCCCCCAUGCCGCCGACAACAUCUCCCUUGCCGCCAUGACCGCCUUCAACCCGGCGCUCAUCGUCGUCGACCUCCAAGAAGACUUUUGCCCUCCCCACGGCUCCCUCGCCGUACCCGACGGCCGCUCCAUCGUCCCGCUCAUCAACAGCCUCCUCACCCUGCCGUUUGCCCUGCGCAUCGCCACGCGCGACUGGCACCCGCCGGACCACGUCUCCUUUGCCCACACGCACCCCUCCGCCGCGCCCUUUACCUCGUGCCACACCAUCACCCACCCGCGCACCGGCCAGCAGUACACCACGACGCUGUGGCCCGCGCACUGCGUCGCCGACACCCCCGGCGCGCAACUUCUCCCGGAGCUGGACAUGAUGCGCGUCGACCGCGUGCUGGAUAAGGGCCGCGCCGUCGACCGCGAAAUGUACUCUGCGUUUACCGACCCGUUUGGGGAGUCGGAUAGCGGUCUGGGCGCGCUUCUGCGGCGCGAGGGCGUGACCGACGUCUAUGUCGUUGGCCUGGCGCUGGAUUAUUGCGUCAGGGCAACGGCCGAGGAUGCCGCCCGGCUGGGAUUCAGAACCGUGGUCCUGGGCGACGCUACGAGAGCCGUGUCACCCGAUACGUACGAACAGGUGGUCGAGGAGCUCAAGAGUCACGGCAUCGACGUGGUCCUGUCCACGUCACCAGCCCUGGAAAAGCACAUGACCACCACGAGCGACACGGAGGAUGAGUAA